CUCCCCGUCAAACGCAACACCCUGCAAGAAGGGAACCUCCAACUUUAUUUAUGAUCUGGGGUUGUCUUGCUGUGAAAUUGCUGAAAUAUUUCUCUUUAACAUCCCAAUCGCCACACGACUGACGCUAAAUCUCCUUGAAAACAUCGCGUCGGAGCACCAUCCCCUCCGUCCACGAUGGGCAAAUACAACUUCACAGCACUCCGUGUGCGCCAGAGUGCGAUCAAAUCGAAAGCUGCAGGGGCUCAUGGUGAACUUCCUCCGUGGGUUAACGUUGUUCGCGAUAUCCCCCCCGCUCAAAUCCUCGUGCGCGAUCGACCCCAACAGCAUCAACUUGUACGGCAACGCAUGAAAACCUUUCCGGGAAAACCAACGCCGCGGGCCGUCUUUGAGGUACAAGAAAAGCGUAUAAAGCCGAAGAAAGCUAGUCGCAUGUUUCUUCCCGUGGAAAUCAAGUAUGAGGAGGACCAGCUGCGGAAAGAGUUUUUCAAGGACCAUCCUUGGGAAUUGGCAAGGCCUAGAAUCCUUCUUGAGACUUCGGGCAAAGAUUUUGAGCAGUACGACUGGAAGAGGAUGCAGCAGCCGGGAAAGAAACUAGAUGGUGAGAGUGUCGUGCAAAGACAGCUAUGGCUCCUGAAUAAUGUCCCCAACAUGACAAAGAGUCGUGCUUACGACGUCGCGCGCCGUGAAUUCUACCGACUGCGCCUGCAGGAGGACAUCGAGCGCCGAGUAGCUGCUGAAGAAGCGCAAGCCACAGGCGCCACUUUCGGACCUACCCGCCUCGAGAUCGGUAUGCAACUUGAGAACCAACAACAUGAAAUAUGGAAGCAGUGGGCGAAGACGGAGGCACAGGUUGUAGACCAAGCGUCAGCAUCUGGGGAAGAAGAAACCGCGAGCGAGACCACCCCUCUAGCGGCUUGAUUUCACCAGCCAGUUUUGGGCUUGUGGAAAGGUAGUCAAACUUAAUGGCUUAUGUAUAUUAUUGUAUUCUGUUUGAUUUCAGUCAGCUCCUGUACUAAUCCUCCGCGUGAGGUCGGGGUUAGGUGAUGGGACUCUAUAGUUUCCCCUACUACAACUAGAUUUCGCAAAAAAAUAAUUAAAAAAGAAAUCAGAAAAGAUUGAAUAAAUAAUACACCCAAGCACAAUAUAAAAGCGU